UUCAUAAAAUGAAAAAAAUGUACUUAAUAUUUUUUUUAGUUUUUAGUUUUAAGUAGGUACUAGGUAGGUACCAAUUAAACAUCAUCAAAUUUGAACAUAACUAUUGGUAGAAAAUGUUUUGUCCAAACGGUUCAUCGAUUGAUCUAUGGGUCAACAAGACAUCAGAAUGUUUUUUAGAAACCACAGUUGCUGGUACCUUGGCCGUGUACAUGAUACUAUUUGGCACAGCCCAAUGCUCAAUGUACAGAAAAUACAGUACGCCUCUAUCGCAGGCUGCAAUUCCCCAAUCCAGGUUAUACUAUGUUCAGAUGAUCAUUACAUUUCUUCUUCCCCUUUUGGCAGUAGCUAAGUUUUUCGUUGACAUCCACAUUAUUCAAAAUGGUGUUGUUUACGGUUAUCAAGCUGUAUAUAUGCUCGUUAUGGUUUUUGUAUUUCCAUUAUCGGCAAAACUCAUACUAAUGGAAAGAAAAAGUCUCUUACCCUCAAUGCCAGCCCGUGGACAUGGUCUAGUCUUGCUCAUUUUCUGGGUAUUAGUGUUCCUCGCUGAAAAUGUGACUUUCAUUACCAUUAAAAGAGAUGAUUGGUGGCCUAAAUUAGAUAAUUUAAAUGGUCAAAUUGAAUUCGGUUUAUUCGUUGGAAAUUAUAUAUUAAGCUUCUUACUAUUGAUCUUAGGUGUAAAAGCACCUGGAAUAAUGACUGCAAGAGAUUACUUUAGCCUACACAACUCAACGGAUUUGUUUUUAGAUUCUGAUCGAGUGGAAGAAACCUCAACAUGGAACAAUAUGAUUCGAAAAGUAAAAAUGAUAGCACCUUUCAUAUGGCCAAAAAAGAGUGUGGCUUUACAACUAAGAGUAGUUGCUUGUAUUAUGUUGGUAAUUGCUGGAAGAGUAGCCAAUGUGUAUGUUCCUCUUUACAGUGCAAAAAUUGUCGACAGCUUAACUGCUACUCCUCUUGUUUUUCGUUGGGAUUUAAUUUUUAUCUAUAUUGGUAUCAAAUUUUUACAAGGAGGUCUUGGAAUGGGUUUCUUGAAUAACCUAAGAAGUUAUCUAUGGAUUAGAGUACAACAAUAUACUAAACGGGAAGUUGAAGUAUCACUAUUCCGUCAUUUACAUAACUUAAGUUUGAGAUGGCAUUUGAGCCGUAAAACUGGUGAAGUAUUGAGAAUUAUGGACCGUGGAACAGACUCGACAAAUAGUUUGUUGUCAUUUUUACUUUUUAGUAUUGGACCUACCAUAAUUGACAUCAUUGUAGCUGUUAUAUUUUUCCUAUCAUAUUUCAAUUGGAUGAUGGGAACUGUGGUUUUUAUUACAAUGGUUUUGUAUAUAGCUUUGACAAUUACCAUAACAGAAUGGAGAACAAAAUUUCAACGUCGAAUGAAUAUAGCAGAUAACAAUAUGGAAGCUCGUAGUGUUGAUUCUAUGUUGAAUUUUGAAACAGUGAAGUACUAUGGUGCUGAAGAAUAUGAAGUUAAAGCCUAUAAAGAUGCAAUAAUGGAUUAUCAACAUGAAGAGUUUAAAACGCAAGUAUCUUUGGCUAUUCUCAACACUGUUCAAAAUUUAAUUGUAUGUAUAGGAUUGUUAGCUGGAUCAUUGCUCAGUGUUCAUUUUGUUGUUGAUCUUAAAGAGUUAACAGUAGGUGAUUAUGUUCUAUUCACUGUGUACAUCAUCCAAUUGUAUGGACCACUAAAUUAUUUUGGGACAUUUUACAGAGCAAUUCAGAAGAACUUCAUUGACAUGGAAAAUAUGUUUGAUUUGAUGAAUAUAGUACCAGAUGUUAGUGAUGUACCUGAUGCAAAAGACUUGGUGUUGAAAAAUGGACAAGUGGAAUUCCGCAAUGUAACAUUUUCUUAUCAACCUGAUAGAAUAGUGUUACAAAAUAUUUCAUUUGUGGUUCAACCGGGCAAGACGUUGGCAUUGGUCGGUCCAUCGGGUAGUGGAAAAACAACUAUUGUGAGACUGUUGUUUAGAUUUUUUGAUGUGGAUUCAGGAUCUAUCAUUAUUGAUGACCAGAAUAUACAACUAGUUACACAGAAUUCACUUAGAAAAGCUAUUGGUGUUGUUCCGCAAGACACUGUUUUGUUCAACAAUAGCAUUAAAUUUAACAUAAGUUAUGGAAAAGUUGAAUCUAAUGAUUCGGAAAUAAUGAAUUCUGCAAUGGCAGCCGAAAUACAUGACAGAAUUAUGAAAUUCCCAGAUCAAUACAAUACACAAGUUGGUGAAAGAGGAUUGAAACUUAGUGGGGGAGAAAAACAAAGAGUUGCUAUUGCCAGAACUUUACUUAAAGCGCCUGCCAUUGUUUUACUGGACGAAGCCACAAGUGCAUUGGAUACUAAAACAGAAAGACAGAUUCAAGCGGCGUUGGAUCAAGUCUGUGCUAAUCGCACCACAAUAAUUGUUGCACAUAGGCUGUCAACUGUUAUACAUGCUGAUGAAAUAUUAGUACUAAAAGAUGGAGAAAUAUAUGAGAGAGGAAGGCAUGAUGAUCUCAUAAUAAGAAAUGGCCUGUAUGGUGAAAUGUGGUCUGAACAGCGUAAAUCCGCUAGUGAUAUACCCUCUAAUGAGGAUCCAACACCUUCAGCAACAACUACCAAUGAGACUUCAACAAGUUCAAAAAGUUUCCACCAUCCACACGCUUAGAGAUUGUGUAUUAGACAAUUCUACCGGUUUAGGGACAACGUGUAAGGGUUAUAGUCUGAGAUACAUUUGAGGUAUUCUCUAUUUGGGCUAGUGGCUGGUUUUUACUUAUUAGAAAAAUAUCUUUCAAUGUUACUACUUCUAAACAUGUGUUUAUUUUUAUUAUCCCAAUUAAUAUGAACAUUUUAUGUGCCCUACUUUCAAUCCACAUUCAGUGGUACUCUAUAAGUUGUAAAAUACAUCUUUUAUAUUUUAUUUUAUUAGUAUAUAUAUUUUGUAUAUUGUACAACUUAUUAUCUUAAAAAUGUUCAGCUGAAUUUCAUAUUGUACCAGUCACAAUUCAAUAAGAUUUUCUGCCAUAAUUAUGUAUAUAGAUAAUAAAAUUAUUCAUUUAUGUAUUUUAUUAUUUAUGGCCGUGAUAGGUAUAGAUUAUAAGAUUAGUUAUCUAUUAUCAUUAAAUGUACAUUUUAUUAGCACAAAAAAUGUGAACACUAUGUAGAAUUGACAAUUUCUACACAGAUACCCAAAUACUAAUUGUUAAACUUUGUAAAUAUGGAAAGACAAUGCUCUCAGAAAUACUAAUAGCUAAAUAGUUAAUUAUUUGAACAAAAACACUUACCCUUGUAAUUCGGAGCCUUUUAAUACAUAAAUAGUCGACAAAUAUAA